UGCAGCUACUGCCGCAGCUGUUGAUGCUACGGUUUCAAGUACGACGCCAGCAGUAGCGGUAGCAGCAGCGACCAGCACGCCGCCUGGCAAUAUUCCGCAAACGGAUGGAGCAGACGAUGAACCACCACCACCACCACCGUCAUCGGCUGGAGCAUCAACUUCACAAGCAUCAUCAUCAUCAUCAACAUUAGCAGCAUCAGCAACAAUUGGCGGCGAUUCGUCGGCAGCUAAAGCUUUGCCAAGCGAUGCGCCGCAGCAGACUUCACAGCCUCCAUUACCACCACCACCACCACCUCAACAAGCGCCGGUUUUAGCUUCGGCCAGUGUCGUUGAAAAGGCCGAAACUGCUGCUGAUCAAGCCACAGGAGGUGAUCAGCAAUCGGCCAAACAGCAGUUACCAGCGAACAGUCAGCCAACUCCUUCUGCUAGUAUUACUGGAGUAGCUUCUUCAGCAGCUCCUGCAGCAGCAGCAGCAGCAGCAGGUCAACUCCAGCAGCAGCCUUUAGCUGUGACUGCGCCUACGCCUGCACCAGCUAAUGCAGCUACUGCUGCGCUCAACUCAGUCGCCCUGGCUAAUGUGGCAGGCAUCACAGUACCAGCUGUUAGACUAUUGGCUCCACCACCACCUUCUUCUUCUUCACUGCCUCCUUCAAUGCCGGCCCCUCCUGCAAAUAUCGCCGUCACAAACAACAACCACAACAACUCCGUAUCGCUGAACCCUCUGGUGAACGCAGUGUCCACCAUCGCCACGCCGCCCACUCAGGCGCCUGCCGUCAGCUCCAGCUCCAGCACUCUAAUGCUUCCGCCUCAGCAGGCUCCGGAGACCAACAGCAGCAGCAACACUCUGGUGCAGAAGUUUCAGUGGUACGACGUGGGCAUCGUCAAGGGCAACCAGUGCACCAUCUCCGGCUUCCAGGUGCCGCUCAGCGGCGAGGCCGCCACCCGGUACGACCCGGAGCGCGACCUGCUGCCCCACUCGCCGCCCUUCUACACGGGCUUCCAGAAGGUGGGCCUCAGCUCGGGCACCGCCUACAAGAUUCGCGUCGCCGCCAUCAACCCCUGCGGCCGCGGGCCGUGGAGCGAGGUCUUCACCAACCUGAAGACCUGCCUGCCCGGCUACCCCGCCGCGCCCACCUCCAUCAAGAUCACCAAGGGCCCCGAGGGGGCGCACAUCAGCUGGAGCAUACUCAACACCGACGACAUUCUCGAGUACUCGGUGUACCUGGCCAUUAAGAACGCCCUGCCCAACACGCCCGUCGGCACGCUGUCCUUCCUGAAGGUGUACAGCGGCCCCUCGGCCAGUUGCAUUGUCACGCAGGACUACCUCGAGUCGGCGUACCUCGACCAGCUGAACAAGCCGGCCAUCAUCUUCCGCAUCGCCGCGCGGAACAUCAAGGGCUACGGCCCGGCGACGCAG